AGCUGUUCUGUCGUAGCUGAAGUGUUUUGCAUGCUUUAUUAGUGAGAAUGUCUGUAGCUGUUAUGGCGUUAGUUAUGCUGCCCAUGCACAGCAGCGAGGUCUAAUCUAUCCGUGCUGGACCGUGGGGGGAUCUUCAGGGACUGAGGCUGUAGAGGAACAGCUGGGACGACAUUUACUGUCUAAUAUCAGUGUGUCUAGGUUUCCUUCUCCUUUUCUUUGCUUCAGAGCGCUACUUCCUACUACGACUUUUAUUUUUCUUCUUUUUCCUUUUCUUUUCUGGAGCAGUCUUAUUUUUUGUCCUCUUUUUCUCCGAGGAAUUACCAGCUGUAUAGUGUUUUAGAGGUUGGCAAGAUCCAUGACCUAGUUAAAUAUGGACAGGAAACAGAAGAGGAAUGAAUGGCUAAUGGAAGCUCUACUUACUUUUUUGCUCUUUCUGGCCCCACCUCUACUUGUGCUGUGAAUGGUUAAAGCUCUUUUACUCUCUCUUCCCAUAUUGAUCAGGGCUCUUUCCAGCCGCCCUCUCCUUUUUUCUUUUUUUUUUUUUUUCGAAAUCCUUGCUGCGUGUAAUGAGAGCGCUGGUCAUGGACAGAUGAUGGACGUGGAGACGUCGUACUCAGACUUCAUCAACUGUGAUCGCACAGGCCGCAGGAACGCAGUGCCCGACAUCGCAGGGGAGGGGGAAGUAGCGGCCAGCACCAGUGAACUCACCAAAGACAUGGCAGAGAUGGACCUGAAGGCUGCAGGAGCCCCAGGGGCCUCCCCAGCCCCUGAGGCAGAGGGCUCCACCAGCCAAGAUGCCCAGGGAAGUGGAGGCCCGUCCUAAACUCAGCCGGUGACCGAAAGGGGGGCAGAGCCGAGGAGUGAAAAGUAGAGAGGAAGCAAGUGAAAGUGGAGAGACAUGAAGAAAGGAAAGAGAGAGUGUACAUUGGUUGUCCUAAAUGGACAUGAGGACACCUUCGCCCACUGCCGGCCUGUUUGGAGCCUCAGCGGCCCAAAUGUACGCCUUUUCAUCGGAUCAGAUUGUAACACGGGGGAGCAGAACAGAGUAGAACUGACAACUAAGAUGAUGCUCUUUUGCUCCAUCCUCUGUUAGUCAUUAAUAUUCCUGACAACAGAAGAAAGCACAGAAACUCUAUGAAUUUAUGUCUGUGGAGAUGGACUGAGCUGAACAGAAUUCAUUUAUAACACUCGAAACAUCGUUCCAGCUUAAUAUGGAACUGUGUCAUGGAGGGCGUAUUCAUAAUCAUCUGUUUGUCAUUUUCUUUCUAUGUAUGUGUGUGUGUGUUUGUGACCCUCUUGUUCAGUUUCACCGUCAAGUCUUUUCUUUUUUUUAGUAACAAACAUAGUCGCCAUUAUACUGUCGUGUACGGACUUCAUAUUUAUUGCUAAAUGUUCAGUGAUAACUUUGUGAUAGAAAUUUUCUUUGUGUAAUAAAAUACUUAUGAAUUACUGUAA